GGCGGCCACUACAUGCGUCCUGACCUGAUCCGUCUACUCGUCGACACCAACCGCAAGGAUCUGAUAGUUCGCGAGGACCGCGUCCACGGUGGAGUGGAAUACACACGCACGCUGGAUCGGGUUGGGCUCUCGACUCCUCUAGAUGUGCUGAAUGCUCAGACUGAAUCCGAGAACUGAGUCUUCAGCCGCGUUAUUAUCUCCACUCUGUCUAUAUUCGUUUGAUUUAUCUCUAGAUUUGUAUAAUAUCAUAGCUAUGUAGCUGAAACAGCCAAGAAAAAAAAAAGGUCCAAGGCUAGCUAAACAAAAUCCAGACAACACAGAUCACAAC